UAGAAACUUUCCAAGAGAACUAAACGGCGGUGUCACACUCAUUCCCUUCAAACUUCAAAAAGGCCACCGUAUCAAGAGAAGGCAUAGGCAGCAAACUGAACUCAGAGCAAGGGUGCCACCUCGCAACAUGCCAAUUCUCCGGCUGACAUCGGCGAUCUAACCCACCGGAAAACACCUCCACUUCCGCCAUUUUCCUAAUGAGGGGGAAAAGAGUGAGGUUCAAGGACUUGGAAGCUGAACCAAAUCAUUCUGCAAGCUGUAAAUUUGAUGCUAGUUCUGCGCCAUAUGAAGCCACAGAACAUCUGCCAGGAUGUAUUGAGGUAUGUGUUGCACCUUUAACUUGCUCUUCAUAUGAUGAUUAGACCAGUUACAGCUUCAAAUGAACCAAAAACCUCGGAGUUCGCGUUUUUUAAGAGAUUAAAGCAAAAUGUUGCCAACACUUCCUGUCGAAAUCCCCAGAUAAGAGAGAGUAUCCCCAUGAGGAAUUCUCGAUCAAGCAACCAUGCUAGAGAAUCUGGUAAAUUGAACCUUAAGGAUGUACAGUCUUCACGGUACAUUAAGAAGCCUACAAGUGGUGAAAUCGGUUCUUUCCUCACUCAUAGAGACACGGCUUUGGAUAAUUCUUUAGAGAGUUCAGCUACGCCCAGGAAGGAACAAGAUAAUGAGAAAUUCAAGUGCUCGUCUUUUAUCAAAACACCUGCUAGUAUUAGUAUGGAUUCCUUCCUCUCCGCAACUGCAAAUGCAUCUGUGAAACCAGAUAGCCAACAGGAUGAUGGCGAUAUCUUUUUAUCCAAGAGGCUGAAGUUGCAGCAGCAAAUUGCCAAGACCUUGUUUCCUGAGACUGAUGAAGUCCCAAAGGAGUGUGAUUUGGUUUCUCUGCUUCUAAGCCGGCUGCUCCCCGAGAGUUCUCGAGAAACUCUGUCACAAAAUCCACAAUUCAGGCAACCAAGAACAGAAGAGAUAUCUCAGUUGCAUCUUGACUCAAAUAUUCAACUCGGUGAGGCUUCAAAUACUUCAAGGAAGCUUCUGAAGGCCAGCAAGUAUCAGUUCUUAGAUAGCCCUAUCUCUGCUUCUCAGUCCCACAUAUUCCGGGGAACACUUCCUUCUGGUCAAGCAGUUGAAGAUCUAGAUGCUUCUGCAGCUAGAAAUUCUUUCAGGAUGCUUCUUGGGCACGAAGAAGGAAAUGAGCAGCGAAGCUCUCUAAAUGGUAUUGCUUCUGGGUGUUGGUCGAACAGAGUUGAAGAUAGAAACCUUUUGACAUGGGAUAAUGAUCUAUAUGAUUACUCUACAUCAGACAACACUAGCCACAGAAUCCUCAAGAAUGAAGCAUACGAUCAAUUCUCAUGUGAUGCAUAUGACAAUAGUCAGUCAUGCAGAUUUAGGGACCAGAAUUUUUCAUAUGAGGUUCUUAGUGGAAGUGACAACUUCUUUGCAACUGCUAAGAUUGGUGAUUAUUCUACAUCAGACAACACUAACCACAAAAUCCUCAAGAAUGAAGCCUAUGAGCCAUUCUCAUAUGAUGCAUAUGACAAUAGUCAGUCAUGCAGAUUUAUAGACCAGAAUUGUUCAUAUAAGGUUGUUAAUGGAAGCUACGUCUCCUUUGCAGCUGCUAAGGAUGGUGGUCUUAUAUACAAAAAUGAGAUACAUGACUUUAAUAUGGAUAGAGGAGCACAGUUAAGCAGUCCAAUUAGCUGGUAUGAUUCUUGUUCUCGUGUAGCAUUUGAAAGAUCCAGACCUUGUGCAUCAAGUAAUCUCAGUUGCACGGAACCUGACUAUCUGAAUGACUUUGAGAAUAGAAGAGAAACCCGCCCUCUUUUACUUGGUUGGAAUUCUAAUGAAUCGGAUAUGCAGGAUUCAACCCACAGUAGUCAUCUGGAGCUUGAUAUAUAUCGUCCUCCGCCAUCUACAUGCAGUGAAGCUCAUGAGGAUAGCUCGGAGCUUGAAAUAUAUUGUCCCCCACCUUCAUGGAGUAUAGAUCAUUGGGAUAUACUAAAAAAGAGUGCAAUGUUGCAUUUGUCCCCCUACACUGGCCAUGAUCAUGAUUUUCAAGGACACCAUUUUCCGCAAAAAGAUUUAGUUCCAAGAUCACCAAAUGUUCCAUUUAGGCUAUCAUAUGGUCAAGAACAAUGGGGUACAGAAGAUUCGGUUCUUCUUAAGAGUCUCUCCAAUGGUAGCAGUUUCUUCUUUAUCCCCCAAAAGGGUGAUCGCACCAUGAUGCCUGAAAGGAACUAUCAUGCAGUAGAAGCUUUUGUUAACUCCAAAGACUUUGAAUCUAAUUCUGGGUUGGAAUUUAACUCAGAAUAUGAGUGUACUGAUAAUGUUGUUGAGCUUUUUGGACGGGGAAAUCUAAGCUCACAGUUUCUCAUUUCUGAUGAGAACAGUCUGGGGACAUCACAGACAGAACAUUGGUCCUUGACUAGUAUGGAAAAUCCUAUUGAACAGGAGGAUUCAUUUCCUUUGCAGCUUCAUACAAUAGGAUGGAAGGAUACAGAAGUUGAGACUGAUCAUGUGGUCAGGGUAACUCCUUGUGAUGAAUUCUCCUGGUGAUUUCUCUACUCCUCAACUAAUCUCUUUAGGUUUCGUUUCUGAAAUUAAAAUGCGUAGUCAUCCGUUUUAGUUGAAAGAGAACAAGCCUCUCAAAUGCUCGUUUUCAUCUUAAAUUCUUGUAAAUUCCGGUUUAUCAAUUCAAAUUCCCACUUCAUUACCGUUGUAUACUUGUAUUAUCAUGCUUCGUUGGGUUAGUGCAAGAAUUUUGUUUCUUACA